CUAUCAUUCAGAGUGAGUGGGGGGGAGGUAGUGAAUUUAAGCGAAAACAGCGCGAAAACAGAGCGAUAUCGUUUAAAAUUCAGAUUAGUACAGUAUUUUACAGUUAGUAAGAACGUUAGACAGGAGCAGUAUUUGUACACAAGUCUGUUAAAAGGCGCAUUUAAUCUCGGGCUGAAGUUUUAUCUCCCUCUUUCUGUAAUAAACUCCCGCUCCGCUGGUAUUGUGUAUCAGCUGGGAGUUAUUGGGGAAAGUUGGGGCCGUUAUCCAUCUGUCGGUAAACCGGAGCUCAGAGUUUUUAUUUUCUUUAUUUUACGGGAUUUUUCUCCGGAUUACAGAUGGUUUUACCCGAGCCGGGUCUCAGAAUGGAACAGAAUGCUCGCUCUCUCACUCUGUCGGGUCAUGUUGGUUUUGACAGUCUUCCAGAUCAACUGGUGAACAAAUCCACCAACCAGGGCUUCUGCUUCAACAUCCUCUGUAUUGGGGAGACUGGUAUUGGGAAGUCCACGCUGAUGGACACUCUGUUCAACACCAACUUUGAGAACUUUGAGUCGUCACACUUUGAGCCGCAGGUGAAGCUCAGAGCUCAGACCUACGAUCUCCAGGAGAGCAACGUCCGGUUAAAGCUUACCGUGGUCAACACCGUGGGCUUCGGGGAUCAGAUGAACAAGAAGGAAAGCUAUCAGCACAUUGUGGAUUAUAUCGACACUCAGUUUGAGUCGUUCCUGCAGGAGGAGCUGAAGAUCCGUCGUUCUCUCCAUAACUUCCACGACUCCAGGAUCCACGCCUGCCUCUACUUUAUUGCCCCCUCUGGCCACUCCCUCAAAUCUCUGGACCUGGUCACCAUGAAGAAGCUGGACAGUAAGGUGAACAUUAUUCCGGUCAUAGCGAAAGCCGACACCAUCUCUAAAAGCGAGCUCCACAAGUUUAAGAUGAAAAUCAUGAGUGAGCUGGUCAGCAAUGGCGUCCAGAUCUACCAGUUCCCAAUCGACGACGAGACGGUGGCGACCAUCAACACCACCAUGAACGGUCACCUUCCGUUUGCUGUUGUCGGGAGCACAGAGGAGGUGAACGUUGGGAAUAAGAUGGUGAAGGCCAGGCAGUACCCCUGGGGUGUGGUGCAAGUGGAGAACGAGAGCCACUGUGAUUUUGUGAAGCUGCGGGAGAUGCUGAUCUGUAUAAACAUGGAGGAUCUGAGAGAGCAGACUCACACUCGACACUACGAGCUCUACAGACGCUGCAAACUGGAGGAGAUGGGCUUUAAAGACACAAACCCAGAGUGCCAACCAAUCAGCCUUCAGGAGACGUAUGAAGCAAAGCGUAAGGAGUUUCAGGCAGAUCUGCAGAGACAAGAGGAGGAGAUGAAGCAGUCUUUUGUUCAGAAGGUGAAAGAGAAAGAGGGGGAGCUUAAGGAAUCAGAGAGACAGCUGCAGGCGAAGUUUGAUCAGCUGAAGCGUCAGCAUGCAGAAGAGAAGAGCGUUCUGGAGGAGAAGAAGAGAGCGCUGGAGGAGGAGAUAUUCUCCUUCAGUAAUCGCAGAGCUGCUGCUGAGCUGCUGAACGCCCAAACUCUCAACUUAAAAAAAGACAAGGACCGCAAGAACACUGGAUUCUUGUGAAGAACCUGAACAAAGUCCUGUUUAAGACCCACAGUGGAUCACAAUAAGCUAUAUAAUGUAAUUGUUGCAUGUUCUUAAUUAGUCUGUGUAGAAACAGCAUUACAACAAUACAAACACACAUUUUACUAUUUACUAUUUAUCAGUAUUACCAAUAUCCCCACAACUGUUGAAUUAUUAAGAUUGAUCUUUUUUAUCAGUUUAUGUCAUAUGGUACUCUUUCCACUGUUUUAGAGGAAAGUUUUCUACAGUAGUUUUCUGUCUCUGUCUAUCUGAUUGUAUUUUUGCCAAAAGCCAAGUAUAAAUGAAUGUGUUGCUGCUGCAAAUCAGUCUGAUAAACUUUUAUUAAUGAAACUUUUACUUAAUGUCUAACAUGGCAUUUAUUUAAACAGUUAUUUUUUGUAAUGCUUGACUAACAAAUAAAAUGUUGUACUUUU